AUGUUGAUCGAAAAAGAAUCACUUCCCUCCGCCGUGGGAGCUUGCAGUACGGGCCCAGACAAAGAGUCUAUUGGCUCGGAGCAGGUUGCCCUCGAUACUUGGUCAGAAGCCGAAGAAAGGGCCGUCGUCCGCAAGCUUGACUUCAUUGUCAUGCCCCUUCUUAUCAGUGGCUUCUUUGUCCUUCAACUCGACCGCGGCAACAUCGGCAACGCUCUUACAGAUUUCUUCCUCACUGAAGUCGGCAUCACUCAACUUCAAUUCAACAUAGGCAAUCAACUCCUCAGUCUAGGCAUCGUAUUACUUGAGUUACCUAGUAACCUUGUUCUCUACCGCGUGGGCCCUCAGAAAUGGAUUAGCUGCCAAAUCUUUUGCUGGGGUCUGGUAGCCACCUUUCAAGCCUUCAUUAAAGGAAAAGGCGUAGGUGCAUAUUACGCCACGAGGCUAUUGCUUGGCCUUCUUGAAUCUGGCUUCAUUCCUGCUGGUCUGUACACUUUGACACAGUGGUACAAGCGCAAUGAGACGAGUAGACGCUUCACUGCCUUCUUCCUUGGCAACAUGGCUGCCUCGGCAGCAAGUGGUCUUAUUGCCUACGGUAUUCUUCAAAUGCGGGGAAAAUCAGGGCUGUCAGGUUGGCAGUGGAUGUUCCUGAUUGAAGGCAUUAUAACGAUAGCCAUCGGCAUCGUUUUCGUCCUUUUUAUGCCUCACUCUCCAGAAAACCCGUCAAAUGUUCUGGGCCACUCAUACUUCACAUCUCGAGAAAUCCAUAUCCUUACCCACCGAAUGGCCAUCGACAAUCCUGCUAAAAGCCCCAGACACAAAUAUGUCAAAUGGGCAGACAUCAAGGCAGCAUUCUCUCGAUGGUACAUCUACCCCCAGCUUGUUGUCUCCUUCUGCUGCGUCGCUAUCAUCUCACCGCUUGGAACAUAUCAACCAUCCAUCAUCGCAGGCUAUGGCUACGAUCGUCUCCAAGCAAACGCACUGUCUUCCGUCGGCAGUUGGAUCGUGCUUGUGCUAAAUGUGUCGUUGGGAUGGAUUGCGGACAAGACUCAGAAGCGAGGGCUCCUAAUUCUUAUUGCUGCAGUGUUGAGCUUUGCAUUCUGUCUCGCGACUAGACAACUCGCUACUAGUUUGAAUCGAGAUCUCAAAUACGGAAUCCUGACUUGCACUACCCUCUGGGGAUCUGUGAUUCACCCUCUCAACGGGUCCUGGCUCGCGGUCAAUAUUCGCAAUCCCGCAGAGCGCUCUAUAACGAUGGCUCUGCUCAUUAUGACUGCCAAUACUGCUGGUUUAGCAGGUGCUCAGAUCUUCCAGUCGUAUGAUGCGCCACUUUAUAGAACGGGCUUUACAGUUAUUCUCACCUUAGCAUCAGUCGCUCUGGUCUUUUCGCUUACCUCUAAUGCACGGUAUCUAUGGCUUAAUAAGAAACUAGCUCGGAAGGAAGCGGCAGAGGAAGAAGUAGGAGAGAUAAUUGUUGAAAGGAGUGAAUGGCGAUUCUCUUUGUAA